AUGACCUCCGUCACCCAGUCUCAGGAGCUCCAAAGCGUAGUAGCUUUGGUCAAGACGCUCACAAAUGUGCAGCUGAAAGAUAUCCUAAGGAGGGAGGGGCUCGCUGUCUCUGGGGUGAAGGCUUCACUGCAACUCAGGAUAAUCGAUUUUUUGGAGCGCCUCAGCCAAGCAGGACAAUUCGAGCGUUAUGACAGCCUGAGGAAAUUUAUCUACGCCACGGCAAAUCGGUCAAUGCCUUCCCCAUCACACUCGCAGGUUUUUUCUGGAGAACAACAUCGAACAUCCUCGAUCAGCCAAUCCACGCCUGUGCAGCAAAGACCUUCUCCAUUAGGGAUUUCGAUGUCCCCGCAUGGGGUAGGGUCCGCCCGAGAACAAACAAGAGACAGUGUGGAGCUUCGAGUUGUUCUUAGCCCCAGUGUAGCGUCUAGGAUGCAAGCAGACCCGAACAUUCGGGUUAUGGUUUAUUGCGCUGCAGAUUCUGGCCUUACCCAAUAUACCAAGUCGGAUAUUGCUUUUCCGCACCAAGUUGAGCUAAAGGCAAACCUUGACGAAGUCAAAGCCAAUUUGAGAGGUCUCAAAAAUAAGCCUGGGACAACUAGACCUGCCGACGUAACAAACUAUAUUCGCAAAAGACCAGGGUAUCCAAACCAUAUCGUCAUGACGUAUGCCCUCACCCAAAAGAGGUUCUAUGUUCUUGCCAAUCUCGUCCAGCGACACCCAGUUGAGACUCUCGUAGCCGAGCUGAAAAUGAGGAAAACAAUACCCAAAGAACAGGUUAUACGGGAAAUGAGAAGCAGGGCGGACGAUUCGGACAUUGUUGCUACCUCGAGCGUGAUGUCGUUAAAAUGCCCUCUGUCCACGCUUCGAAUCCAAGUUCCCUGCCGCUCGCUCAUCUGUACCCAUAACCGUUGUUUUGAUGCAUCGUCUUUCUUGCAAUUGCAGGAGCAGGCGCCAACUUGGUCAUGCCCAAUUUGCUCCAAAGCAACUAGCUUCGAAUCACUGCAUGUUGACCAGUAUGUCGAUGAUAUACUUCACUCAACAACAUCAGAUGUCGAACAGGUAGUCAUAGAACCUGAUGGCAGAUGGUCAGCUCCAAAAGGCGACGAUGCAACGGGUGCUGAUGGCUUUAACCCGGCGUCAGAUGAAGACGAGCUAAUAGAGGUCAGAGAGCCCGGGGUCACUCCCAUAAAGCAAGAAGCAACUUCCGCGCAAAGCUAUUCUUUGCUUUGCACUCCUACCCAAUCACGAGAACCAUCAACAGCGUCUGCUGCUCACCAAUCUACCAAUAAGCGUAGCGUGGCUCAAGUAAUCGACCUUACUGCAAGUGAUGAUGAAGAUGAUGAUUCUCCUGUAAGACCGGCAAAACGACCGGCCUUGAAUACCUUCGAUCGAUUUUUACCUGGACAGGAGACCCGGAAUCUAAAUAGUACUGGUUUCUCAAACGGAGCAGCUUUGGCAUUUGCAAGCCAGACCAGUUCAGAAUCCCCGGCCCAGACAGGUGGCUAUGACGCCAUGUCUUUCGAGACGACCAGUUCAUCCCUGAAUAUCUCCUCCGAUCCCCACGCGCGCCUCGUCAGCACAUCAUGUCUCGAUUUUCUCCUCAUAGAACUGGUCCCCAUGGCCGAACGGCUCGCGAAAGAACUCUCGGACAAUGAUAGAAUACUGGAAGAUGAGGAAGUCCGAGAGACUACCUUCUUUCGCCUCGAGUCUUUGGGUUAUCGGGUGGGACAGGGUCUUGUAGAACGAUUCGCUCGCGACCGUCCCCGAUUUAGCGACAACCUGGAUGUAAUCAAGUUCCUGUGCAAGGACUUGUGGUCUAUACUGUUCAGGAAGCAGAUCGAUAAUCUUAAAACCAAUCACCGGGGUGUCUACGUGUUAACCGAUAGUUCCUUUCGACCAUUCGCGCGGAUGAGUAUGUCUGUCAGGGGUGACGCUGUAACAGUGGCUCAAGCGUACCUCUGGUUUCCGUGUGGCAUUAUACGUGGAGCGCUUUCCAAUCUGGGUAUCAAUACAACCGUUCAAGCAGAGACAACCGAGCUCCCCGGGGCAACAUUCCAGAUCAAGACGGUGCAGUCAAAACCGUAG